UUGCAGCAUACGCGUACACGCGCGCAGACGCACGCACGCACAGGCUGUUGUAGCUAGCUGGUUAGCGCCGCAGCGUAAAAACCUGACUUUGUAUUAUAUCCAGUGGCACAAAAAAUGAGCGAUAACGGCAAAGCUUACGGCGAGCGGGUACGUAUGUGAAGGCUUUAUACUGUUUUAAUCGAGCUAGCGGCAUUAUUCCGUAAUAAACCAAUUAAAAGGUGGCAUUACCGUUACGUUAACAGUCUUCACAUUGUGCUUAGCUGCUAACCUUAGCUAGCUAUCUCAACUCUCCGGCGUUAUACGGAUUUUUCUUUAUUUUAUCGAACACAAUCCUGUUCAUCAUACUUUAUUCAUUAAUGGUCGAUGUCUCGACCAGGGCAAGCCACGCUAACGUUACGGUAACGUCGCUAAUUAUUCCUUAGCUCAGCUAGCUGGCGCUCGGUCAACGACUAGGCCGCAGGCGCGUGCCGUUAACGAGCCAAACCCACUGGUUCUAUGAACCGCGGGGUGAAUGCUCAUGGAUACAAAUCAUUUGAAACAUCAUAGUCGACAUUGGCCGACAUAACGUUGGUAAAUGACGGUUAUGUAAGCGGUCAGGCGUAUGAGCUAUAUGUUCACGUGUAGGUAUAGUGGAUGGCUAGCGUUGAUUUUACGGUAACGUCGAGGAAUACCGUUUUAUGUCGCUGUAGUUUCUCGACCAUUUGAAACAAACGACCUCAAGAUGUCUUCCUAUUUGUUUGUGUCCCCUCACACGUUCAGCCCUCGUGUUCACGUUACGUUGCAAUUGUCUUACUCCCCCAAGUCAAUGUUUUAGUAAAAGUAAAUGCUCAUUACAAGGUCACAAUGUGUAAAUAUUUUGCCACCACGUUUGACCGGAGCGGAGUCUCUUAUAUAAAAUAUCUGUAUACUCUGUUACUAUCGAGAUGUUGUGUCUGUGCUGAUGUUGAAGAGAAGGAUCUUGAGGUCGUUAAGGCUCACUUCAGUCGGUUUAUUUAGUUCAGUAGGUAUUUUACACAUUAAGUGGUUUGAUUUACACUUGGGUGCCCGAGAGGCCUUCUAACUUACUUUAUCUGUACAGGUUUCAUUGAAAAUGGCACACAGUAUAUUUAUUGCAAAAUUACUCAAGUAAGAAAAUAAUGAAGUAAUCCUAUUUAAUAUUAUUCUACAGGACAGUGUGGGUUCUGUUUCCCCGUAAUUGACAAAAAACACACAACAAAGAUGCCUCUUAAAGGUUCUAAAUGAAAGUAGCAUGUCAGCAAAUAUAUAACCACUGAAUGUGAAAUAUUUAUUGAUCUUUAAAUUCAAAUAUUGUAUUGUGGUGUCUUAAACAUGUUCAUGCAUGUCAUGAGAUAUAAUAAAAUAAAAGUUGAAUGAGGGUGCUAUUUUAAUUGUAGUCAUAUAUUCUUCAUCCUUUUCUUUUUCAUAAAGGUUAAGAAGAAAGUGCGGAAGAAGUCCACUUAAUUUUCAAUAAUAUGAACCUCAGAUGUGUGAAGCUGAAUUGUUGCAUGCUAAAACAUGACGAGGGAAGAAGUUUGGGCAGUGUGUGAGAUGGGGGAAGUAAGAAGAAGUAAAACAAUUGAAGAAAGAAGAAUAAUGUGAAGUAAUGAAGUUACAGAAAUGAAGUUGGUAAUCUGGAUAAGGCCGCAGCGCUAAGUAAUUUUCUGGAGUCUCGCUCCGCAUCCAGGAGUGUGAGUCCCCGGGCCUCGGGGAAGUCGGCAAGCCGCUCCCCAGCCCGGUCACCUGCCCGUUCAAAGGAAGGCUCCCGCCACUCCCCCUCUAAAUCUCGAUCAGGGUCCAGGUCCAAAUCGGGAUCUCACUCUCAUCGUGGCUCACGGAGGCACUACAGCAGAUCGCGCUCCCGCUCAAGGUCCUAUCGCCGCCGAUCUCACAGUAGGUCCUACAGUGGAGAGCGCCGGCGCAGGAGUCACAGUCGCUCACCGAUGUCCAACCGCCGCAGGCACAUCGGCAAUCGCGCUAACCCAGACCCAAACGGCUGCGUGGGAGUUUUUGGCCUCAGCUUGUACACCACAGAGAGGGAUCUGAGGGAUGUUUUCUCUAAAUACGGCCCUCUGGCGGAUGUUUCCAUUGUGUAUGACCAGCAGUCAAGGCGCUCCAGGGGCUUUGCUUUUGUCUACUUCGAGAACAACGGUGACGCUAAAGAGGCAAAGGACCGAGCCAAUGGUAUGGAGCUGGAUGGCCGUAGGAUUCGGGUGGACUUCUCCAUUACAAAAAGACCUCACACCCCGACGCCUGGAAUCUACAUGGGUCGGCCCACAUAUGGAGGCGGUGGCGGCGGCGGCGGCAGCAGCAGCGGCGGCGGCGGCGGAGGUGGUGGCAGCGGCGGCGGUGGAAGUGGACCAAGUGGUCCUCGCCGCAAUUCUCGUGACUACGACCGUGGAUAUGACCGCGGAUACGAUCGUGGAUACGACAGAAGCGGCUAUGAGCGCUAUGACGACAGGGACCACUACAGAUCAUACAGAAGGCGAUCUCCGUCCCCAUACUACAGAGGGGCAUACAGGUCUCGGUCCAGAUCGCGGUCGUAUUCUCCACGUCGCUAUUGAACAUUGCUGUCAAGCCCCUCCAACUCCCACACAGGAAGUUUUCUGAAUGGAAUGAUUGGUCUAAGAGUAGCUCUACUUAAGGUGAUCUCCAUACUUCUGUUGUCUAAGGUAAAUGACGAGUCAACGUAUGCUGGGAUCAGUUUUAAAGCCGUGUCAUUUGUCAUGACUAAGUUGUCCCCUGGUGUCUUUUCAUUUUAAAUGUAUCGGCAACAACUGCCAAUAAAAAUAUAUUAAUGAUUUUAUUAAUGUAUUUUUUUUGUAUGCACGAUUGAGUGAGCGUUCAUCUUUGAAUAGAUUAAAAGGAAGCUUUUUUUCACUAUG